AUGAAUAGAAAAUAAACUUUCAUUGAGCAAGAAGAAAUAUAUGAAUAUCAUUCAGUUUCACCCUAUAGAAAUAACAAUUAUUAAUAAUACACUCCAAGAAGAGGAUUUUAAUUAGGUUAAAUAUGGAGUUCAUCUUAAUAUCUUUAAUCAAGUGCAAAGUAGUAGAGAUCUAUCUUUACAAGACAGAGUCAAUAAGUUUACCACAAUUCUUCAAAAUAAACAAAGACAAAUGGCUAGGUACCUGCAUUUGAUGAUUUGCUUGAUUAAAAAGAAUAUAGUUUUAAACAGUAGAAAGUAUUGCCAACUUUUGGGACAUUUAAUUAAGUUCAACAAGUAAAUAUUUGAUUGACAUUUAACAUAGAAGGGAGAGGAUGAUGAGAACUUUUACAAUUAAUUGGGAAACAUUUAAUAAUAGAUGAUUGCAUUAGAUUAGACAAUGGAGAAAUUGGAAUCAAAGAUGUAAGAUAUAAAAAUUUAGUAAUUGAACUUUUUGAAUACUAAUAAUAACACUAAUACAUCUGGAGUAGAACAGGAAGGUUAAGAGAAAUAGUAAUAAAAAUACUAUUAAAAUAAUAACAGUAAUUAAUGGAAGGUGUUUAAUUUGAAGAAAGAUAUAUAGGAGGAAUAAGUUGGUAUAAAUAAUGAUUAAUCAUUAGUUGAAUUGGGGAAGCCUGAUGAUUUUGAGAAACUUUAGAUAGUAUAUAUAUAAUAAAACAUAAAUGGAAUGGUGGGAAGAUUGAGUCAUUUAUUAUAGAAUUAACCAUAAUAGAAGUUGAGUUUUAGGAAUACUGAGAUUGAUGAAGGAGGAGAGAUAUGUUUUACAUUCAAUAAAAACUUGAAUAGAUUUACUAAGAUUUAUAAAUGCAAAUUCUGUCCUUUGAAUUUUUAGAAGGCAUGUUCUUUGGGGUAAAGAAUAAUUUUAUUUUAGGGGUCAUAUAUCACGAUCACAUAAGGAGGAAUCUUAGUAAAGUAAGAAGGAAGCUUAACCGAUAAAGAAGACUAGCAUUUAGAAAUAAAAAAAGGCAUAUCUAUAAAAAUCAAUAGGUAUGUAACUAAUGCGUUAAUGAAAUGGAUAUUAUAUAUAAAUG